UCUUCGCUGGCGACAACAAGCAAGGUCUUCAUCGGUAAUAACCGCAGGUAGUGGUCAACAGUACCCUGGUCCUUGGGAAUAUGGCGGGCACUACGCUUCGCAGGGGAGCGAAAGAUGGACGAGGAAAUGGAGGCUUGAAGCUUGCGGCUGCGACCAUCGCCGCCGCUUCCAUGCUGUUCCUCCCAGGUGUAGCGCAGGGGAGCGCGGCAGCCGAGGCUCACCCGCACCAGGGGAAGGUCAAGCCUUACAAGCCUGGCAUGCCGGACAUCGUGUUGACCAAGAAGCAGCGCACGGACCUCGACGGAGGGGACCUGGUGCAAGACAUGAUCAAGGGGGAGACGGAGGAGGAUGGGGGCAAGGGCGGCCGCGCCCUGGCCGUGCAAGACGUCAACGCGCCCGCCGAGUACGUGUGGGACCGCAUCCUUGACUUCGGCAACUACAACAAGAUGGUGCCCAAGGUGACGGAGUGCAAGAACUACGAGACAGAAACGCUGAGGAAUGGCACCGAGAUUAUCAAGACAAACCUCAAGCUCAACGUGUUCGGGGUGAAGCUGAACAGCUUCUUUUACCACACCUACUUCCCCUCCAAGAGCUCCUUGACGUGGACGCUUGACUACACCAAGAAGAGCACCCUCGAUGAUUCCGUGGGUUUCUGGCACGUGGCAACCCACCCGUCCCAAGAUAAGCAGGCCGAUUGGUCCCGCGUGUACUACUCGGUCCAUCUCAGGAUCCCGAGCUGGAUCCCCGGCAUCGUGAUCGGUUACCUGAACAAGAAGGCCAUUCGGGAGGCCACAACCUGGGUGAAACGCGAGAGCGAGCAGAAGUAUAGGGCGGAUUUCGCGGCCGGAAGAACCCUAGGGGGUAAGAAACCCGGCGCCGUGGGGCUGCCCGGUGGGUGGGGCGCUGCGUUCAGCGGCCUCGGGUCUAAGACGGGGUCGAAGGAGGGCGGAGGGGGGUGGAUGCCCAGCUGGAUGAAGGCGGCGGAGCCUGAGCCGGAGCCUGAACCGGAACCUGAGCCGGAGGUGCCGGACCGACGGAAGCAAGCGCUGAGGUGGGUGCGACGGUCGGCGUUGGGAGUCGGGGGACUGUGCGCAGGCCUCGCUCUGGACGGCGCCAUCGCCGGCAGCGACGGAGGGGGGUGCUGUGGCGGAGGAGGAGGCGGGGAGGGGGCAGGGGCGGCGGGCGCUGGUGCCUAACAUUGUAGUAGCGUGAUAGUAGCACAAAGUCGGGGGGUGGUUGGGCGAUGUUUCUCUCGCCGGUCGUGUCGUUCUUCUUUUUUUCUUUGCCAAAGCGAGAACCGAAGGAAGGGUUAUAAAGAGUGGGUGUUUCUAGAGUAAGAAGUAACACUUGACGCGGCGUGAGUCUUGUGAUUUUUGUUCGUGCCCGGUUGUUGAGGGAGUUCGAGCCAGGGAGGGAGGGGGGGGCGGCGGCUCGUGGACGUGGGAUGCGGGACUUGACGUAGAGUGUGAUAGCGCACAAAACACGGAUGGAAGAGGUACGAUAUGGUAGGUGGGUGUCCUUGCAUGUCUUGGUGUUAGUGCUGUCACCGCCAGUUUGCGGAAAGUAACCGCGAGCAUGCCUUCCUCCUCCCACAAAAAUACGCCUCGUCGAAACGGCUGGUUUGGGUGGGUGGGUGGCCUGGGGGCAAAAGCGGUCAUGCGGACUCGCGUGAGGUAGGGUUAGUCAUGUUUUUUCGAAGGAGUUGGUGUGUUUUUGUUUUUUGGAAGCGUUUCUUUGGGCAGUUGUUCCCUUUUUGCAACAAGCUGUCCCACUUCUUGCCGUGAGGGGGUGUACUCAUAGU